GUGUCAGCCAAGCUCGUAGUCGUCUCACACCUGCCCGACGAUGCAGCCGCCUGAUGCACACGCGGCCUCCACUCUCCGCGCGGCCUUCUCUCGAGUCUCGACACAACCUUCUCACUUUCUCAGUAGCCGCUGCGCACCGCACUCGCACGCCACCCUGCCGCCCUGCCUUGCCCAACCCUGCCGCAGUGCCGCAUCCAAAUCCAACUCCCACGGGGUAUGGAUCCUGAUCAGGUCGCCGACGCCGGGGUCCAGCACGACGACCUCGGCGGCAGCGCCACAUCCGCAAACGGGUGCUUUGACGGUGGCAGUGACGACGGCUGGGGGCGCGCGUUGCUCCGGCUGGGAUGGGACCUGUCCAGGAAGGCCGUCAUCGCUGGCGUGGCGGCCACGGCCGCGCCCGUCGUGGCCCCGCCACUGCUUGUCCUGUCCCUCGCCGGCCUCGCGCUGUCCUUGCCCUUCGCCGCCUACCUGGCCAGCCUCGCCGCCACCGACCGUCUUAUGGGCGCGCUCCUGCCGGCGCCUCGUACUACCCAGCCGUACUGCGGCUGCGACCUCGAAGACGAUGAAUUCUUGGAUCCAUCUGAAGCGCCGGGCGCCGAGGCCACUGCACUCGACCACUGGCGCGACACGGAGGACGACGCCAUCAUGGAGGAAAACGAGAGCUUUGUGCCGUUGCCGCUGUCACGACAACCUCGAUUCUCCGAAGAGCCGAUAACAUCAUCGUCGACAGACGUGGAGGAUAAGAUGGCUGAAGGUGAGUCUCUUUCCCGAGGAUUGGGCCACGAGUCACUAGUGUUGGACAAUAAGGAAGGCACAAUCAUGGAGGACACCGAGUACAUUACCAUGGAGGCACCGCCGAGAGGCUCCGAUGUUUUCGGAUCAGCAGUGCCUGUGUUGCGUGGUGAAGACGAUAUGGUUCAGAGAGCGGUAGAAGCUCCUCUUACAGCCAAGGAAUCAGUCCAAGAAUUAUCUGUAUCAGACAGUGAGGAUAGAACACAGGACGACAAGUGCAAAGAUGCGGAGUCUUCCAAGGAGAUUCUGUCACUGAGCGUCGACAUCACUGAAUCAAGUGACUUCCCGGUGCCGGGCAAUGAAGGUAUUGUGGUUCAGAGGGGAAAUGGUGAAACAAUUUCUGUCCGAAAAUCAGGCCAAGAUUCUCAUUCAACAGAGAUUGGGGAUGAAAUGGAGGGCCACAAAACCGAAGAAGAGAUACCACUGCACGACGCUAAUGUUUCAGAAUCGUCGGUGCUGGAUGAUACAGUGCUGGAGGAGAGGAAGAUAGAAGGUGAUGUAACAGUGGGGAUGGCCGUGAAAGAAGUGACCAUUUACACGGAUCCUUGUACAGGGGAGGUGGCUGGUGAUCAAGUAGAUUCCAUUGCCAUUGCCCUACCUGCUGAAAGCGAGUUGAUGCAAGCCAGCAAUGUUGACGAUGUUAUCAACGCUGCUUUAACAGAAGGCAUUGUGCUGGAUAUUGGUGAUACUAGUACAGAGGGCACGGAGCACUACGGUGAGGGAGGUGUUUCUACUGCCGUCUCGGUGGUGACCGUGGACGAUGUUGCAGAGACAGUUUCCAGUAGGAGUCCAGCAGUCUCAGUCAUCGGCGAUGACAUGACUAGUGUCAAGAGUAGGCCAGAUGCUGACAGCUCCGAUCAAACAACUGGCUACGACGCGCUAAGGAGCAAGGAAUUUCGGGAGAAAGAGGUAAUAGAGGACAAGUGUGUGAAAACAGAGGAGAGCAAAACCGUGCCUACAGAGAGCACGUCACCACCACGGAUCAUUCAAGUUUCUAGAUCGCCAGCGCCAGACGGUCAGAGCAGGGUAGAAGACGAAGCAGCCGUGGGGUCGGUGCUGGAAGGAGCGGCGAAUAACACCGACGAUCUUGCCACACCACGCGCGGUGGUGGUUGCUUUGCAAUCGAGCAUUUCUGCUGGUGAAAGCGAGCCGCCGUCGGCGAGUGACCGUGUUGAGUACAAGCCGGCGAACGAAGGAUUUAGGAGGAAUGCGAUAGCUGAGGACACGGACAACUACACGGAGGAACAGAUGAGGGAGCAGCUUGAUGCCCUAAGAACAAUAACCGGGUACCGUCCCACGCCGUCUUUGACUCUGGAAGCCGAGCUCGUGGGUCUCUAUGUAUUCGUGGGCGUGGAACCCCCUGUCGGCUCCGGCUCCAGGGAAGACUCCGACCUGAGUGAUCUCAGCGCAAAACUCAGGCUCCUGAAAUCGAUCAUAGGCGUGGAGUAAAGAUCUGAAGCGGGAACUGAUUUACCAGGAGUUCUGUGCUUGUGUAUAAUGCAUAAGGUUCAGCGGUCCAGGGUUCAUCCCGCACGUGAGCUUUGUUACGCUCUGCUGGUUUUAAUCUCAAAAUCCAUCCAUGUGGACUAGAGUGGAUUGAGGAUGUUUAAAUUCCUAGCAACUCAAAAAUCUCUCCUGCUCCCUCUCAAUCCCCUUUGACCUUCAUGGUGGGACGACAGGUAGCUGUGAACUACGUAUCCUACUCUAUAUUUUUGUGUGGAAAAGACGUUAACGAACGUGCUGUAUAUGGCCUACUUCGCACUAGUGAUGCGAACAAGGGAUGGCCAUUUGUGAUCCGUCACUAAA